UAUCGUCGCAGCUAACUCAUGGUUAGAAAAUAGAAAAACCAAUCAGUAUUCCCAAGAAGUUCCCCGUCUGGGAGUUUGAUCCCAGCCCAUUGCUAUAACUUUCCGAAGUCUCCCUUUAUUACAAAUUAGCUCGAGGUAUAGUUAGCUUGGAUAGCCAAGCAUAGGAUCUCCCCUUCAAGCAGAACACACAAAGCAUAUCUUUCAAUAUAAAAGGCCCCUAUCCGGAGUGGGAUUUAUACCACCUUCUGGGAGGUCGUUAACAUUCAACCUAAGGUCCUUGAUUUUCACUUGGCUCAUUUAUCCAUCACCAUGCCAACCGUCAAAUCGCUCAGCUUGUCUGAAUUUGAUUUUUCUGAAAUUCUUGAAAGUGAUUUUGUUUCCACCAUUGAUACCUCAGCAGAGGCUAUAUUCAAUGAUCCCAACUUGGAUACGGCGCAGCCCCGAAAUUCAAUCGUAGAGGAAGGGAGACCACUUAACUUUGAUGAUGGGAUAUUCGGGUCUUUCCUCGCCACGGACGAAAGAUUCUUAGAUUUAGAUUUAAAUAUCUCCCCUUCCUCAUCGUUAAAGUAUUCAGAUUUUGCCGACCUUACACAAGACGUACAAAUUCCAGGCAGCACGCUCACCAACUUCGGAGAAAAUAUCUUAUUUUUCAAUCCUAAAUCGCUCACCAGCAGUACCCUCUCAAACGUUUUCGAUUUUACCAGUAAUGCAAUCGAUUUGAAACGUCUAGGGAUUAACAACCACUUACAAUCAUCUCCUCAGGAUGAUAGCUCUGGAAGUGGUGAAGGGUCAGAUGAGCCCAACGCAAGAGCCUGCAAUCCCUAUGCGAAACCAAAACAUUUGCGAGGCAUGGUUCUGGUGACCGAGGAAGAAAUCAAGCAAGAAGAGGAGCGUCGGCGCAACGAGGAGAGAUGGAAAUCCGAGAGACGAAAGAUUUACAACCGGAGGAAUAACUGCAGCAAGAAAAGAAAAAGAGCACUUGAAAAGAGAUUGACGGCGAAGAGCGCUCGCCAAGCUGUCACCCCCCUGCCUUCGAACAGUCGUAGCUCCCAGGAGUUGGAGUGGAGUAUUCCAUUCGUUCCCCAGCCUCACAGCUACAAUUCUUUACAUACAUUUUCCAACUAGGCCAUCUUUUAUAGUCUAUAUAAAGAAAUGAACACAAAGUCAG